CCUCUCCCCCGGACGAUGCUGAAUUAUGAGCGUGCCACAUCAUGAGUCUCCUGGGGCGGGUAGCUGUGCGUCGAGCCACCCUGCUCUGUGUUGUGUUCCUGAUGGCGCGAGCGUGGAGCAGCGCCUCUCUGGCUAUGGCGGGGGCGGCAGCGCCAGGCCCUCAGGGCUGCCCACCGCAGUGCUCGUGUAGUAGCCAGCUGAGCAAAGUGGUGUGCACUCGGCGCGGCCUCACUCGCGUGCCCCCGGGCAUCCCCGCCAACACGCGCCACCUCAACCUGAUGGAGAAUGCCAUUGGAGAGGUGCAGGCCGACACCUUCCGACACCUGCACCACCUUGAGGUUCUGCAGCUGGGCCGCAACGCCAUCCGGCAGAUCGAGGUGGGCGCCUUCAAUGGCCUCACCAGCUUAAACACCCUGGAGCUAUUUGACAACCGGCUAACUGGGGUGCCCAGUGGUGCCUUUGAGUACCUGUCCAAGCUCAGGGAAUUAUGGCUGAGGAAUAACCCCAUCGAGAGCAUCCCUUCGUAUGCCUUCAACCGAGUGCCCUCGCUCAUGCGUUUGGACUUGGGCGAGCUGCGCAAGCUGGAUUUCAUCUCCGAUGGCGCCUUUGAGGGCCUGCACAACCUCAAGUACCUCAACCUGGGCAUGUGCAACAUCCGGGGGGAGAUGCCCAAUCUGAGCCCCCUGCUGGGCCUGGAGGAGCUGGAGAUCUCGGAGAACCUCUUCUCCGAAAUCAAGCCAGGCUCCUUCCGGGGCCUACGCUCACUCAAGAAGCUGUGGGUGAUGAAUUCACAGAUUGGGAUGAUCGAGCGCAAUGCCUUUGACGACCUGAGCUCGCUGGUGGAGCUCAACCUAGCCCACAACAACCUGAGCGCCCUGCCGCACGACCUGUUCUCCCCCCUCAGGUACCUGGUGGAGCUGCACCUCCACCACAACCCCUGGAACUGUGGCUGUGAAGCCCUGUGGCUGGCGCGAUGGCUGCGAGAGUACAUCCCUACCAAUUCUACCUGCUGUGGCCGAUGCCACGCGCCGGCCCACAUGCGGGGCCGCCAGCUGGUGGAGGUGGACCGGGGGGAGACCGGCGUGCUCCAGUGCUCUGCCCCCUUCAUAGGCGACGCGCCAAGAGACUUGAAUAUUUCGGCAGAGCGCGUAGCGGAGCUCCGUUGCCGGACUGCGCCAAUGUCCUCGGUUCGGUGGCUUCUGCCCAAUGGGACCGUCCUGACGCACGCCUCGGCCCACCAGCGGAUCGCCGUGCUCAACGAUGGCACACUCAACUUCUCCAAUGUCCUUGCGGCUGACACAGGCACCUACACCUGCAUGGUGUCCAACGCGGCUGGCAACUCAAACGCCUCGGCCUACCUCAACGUGAGCGCGGCUGAACUCAACACGUCCAACCUCAGCUACUUCACCACGGUGACAGUGGAAGUGCCGGGACCCACCACGGAGAUGCCCAAGCCCAAGCCCACAACGAGCGCUCCUAACACUGGUAGGGGGGCUGGAGGAGAAGCAGGGGGAGGUGCGGUGGGCGCUGGCACCACCACCACCGCCUCGCCCUCCCUCUUUCAGCCCGUCUUCAUCUCUACUCCCACCGUUCUGCUCCAGAACACAGAGGGCCAGCCAGGCGCCCGACCGUCCGCCGUUCCUGCCUCCAAGUCUGCCACGGUCAAGCCACCCGACACAGUCCCCAGCCUGGACGAGAUGAUGAAAACCACCAAGAUCAUCAUCGGCUGCUUCGUAGCCGUCACGCUGCUGGCCGCCGUCAUGCUCAUUGCUUUCUACAAGCUGAGGAAGCGCCACCAGCAGCGGAGCACGGUGGCAGCCACCCGUACGGUAGAAAUCAUCCAGGUGGACGAGGAGGACCUGCCGCCGCCUGCUUCUGCUGCCAACCAGCUACGAGACCACACGCUGCCCGAGAUCCGAGACCACACGCUGCCCGAGAUACGAGACCACAACAGCACGUACAAGCCAGCAGGACAUGGGGCUAAAUGGACAGAGAACAACAUUGGGAACUCUCUCCCUCGAACCUUGCCCAGCGCCAUCACAAACCUCCCUGAGCCCUUUGUCAUAAAAACUCACACCAAGGAGAAGGUUCAGGAGACUCAGAUUUAAAGCCCCCCACACAACCCCCCUCCCCAGCCACGUCCAAAUCCCCAUAGCCACCCCUCUCUUCUCAUAACUACAUGCAAUAGAAUGCACAACGGGGGAAAAGACAGGAACUUUCUUUUUUUGUACAGAGUGCAAAACUUAAAAAGACUGAACAUUUCUUGUUGUACAUGCUUAUAAAUAAAUCUAUAUAUGAAACUAUUGAAAGUACCAUGGACUGGUGAUAGAGAAGCAUAUUAUAUUAAAAAUAAAUACAUUGAAACUAUUUUCUAACUUGUAACUUCUAUUUAAAAAGACGAGUUGUUUAACAUACGAUCUUGACUUUGAGAAAUGAGGGUAGACUUGUUCAAAUAAAGAGGCAUUCUGUGUGAUUUUUAAACCAAUGCUACAGAGAAUGCAGUGAAAAGAGAAAAAACAUUUAUACUGAGAAGACUUUCUUUAAGAAAAAAAACAUUCAAAAAAAGGUCAGUGUUGGAUCUUUACAGGUUUAUCUUGUAAAAGCACCAUGAAUUUGUAUUGUGCCAAAUGUUACAAAUGCAAUAAAAAUGAUUUUUGGAGAGAGAAAAAAGCAAACAGAGAGAGGUGACGUUUUGUUCUCCUGGCGUACUGUAGCGAACAGCCAAACGCUUCAGACACUGCAGUAAGACUCUGCAGCUAUACUUUAACCCUGCGUGUGCUGGGUGACUCACACAGAAUCAAUCACAGCACAGAAGUGCCUGCUGCUGUUUUUAAUAACACUUGAUAUGCCCGUGUGUCAAGGCAGGUGGGGGGGAAGCUAUGUUUAGUACGCAUAACAUUAGUCAAUGACAUGGUACUUAAUCAAGGUGUGGCCCAUUUCAAAGCGGGUACUAGAUUUGUCCCGUUUUCAUGAAGUUCUCCAAAUGCAUGGAACCCACGAGAAAAGCUU